AUGAACUCAAACAACGAGAUUAUGAAUCAAAAAAAAGUCACUCGUCAUACUUUACUUCAUGCUUUGUACGAUCGAGAAAUAAACGGCAUUAAGACACGCAUGAAUUGCAUCAAAUCUACUUACCAAGUCAUAAAUCCCAAUUGUACAAUUAUAAACGUUGAGAAACCUCCUUGUUUUCUAAGAAAAUUCACUCCUGAUGGUCGUCACUUCAUAGCUUUUUCUCAAGACCAAUUGUACAUUGAGGUGUAUGCCUAUUUAGGAUGUUCAAUGGCGGCUAAGUUGCUAAAGAACUAUGAAGAAAAUUGUAUUGGCCAAGACAACAAUGGUGAUGUUGCUCGCAAGAGAAUAUUUGAAAGUCUUUUUCAACUGAAAUAUCGAAUAUUAGUAGCAGCGGAAGGAGAACAAUUAAAUAGAGAAUGCAGUCUAUUCACAGAAAAUAGUUCCUAUGCUGUUUUGGGUUCUGUAGGACCUAUUCCUCGAAAUGUAAUGCUUGAAUAUAAUGAUGUUUUCACUAAUAAUGAAGCAGUGACUCCUAAUCUAUUAUUGCCCUUAGAAAAUUAUACUAUACAUUUAAUUAACAUAAAAAAAGGGGCUGUUAGUCAACGCUUACACUUCAAGGCCGAUAAAAUUUCUUUAUCUCACAACCAAGGUGUUUACCUCUUAAAAGAUGUACUUGCAAUUUUAUCUGUUCAACAUCAAAUAAUUCAUGUUUACAACCUUAUCCAAAACCGUUUCCAUCUGUUGAGGAAAAUUGGUCGAUUUUGUUUUGAAAAUGAUCUUGCCUUCAUUUCAUCUGUGCACACAGAUAUAAUUGCAGACAAUUAUAAAACUCGUAAUGAAUCUUUUACCAAUGGAUUAAAAAACAAGCUAAUGGUGUUUUUGUAUAAAAAAGCUGAACGUGAAUCAGUUGUAGCUAGAACGCAAUACCCUCUUAGGAGAUUUUAUCAAUAUUACGAUCAAUUCAUGUCAUUACGAAUUUGGAAAAUGCAGUUAUUAGAUGUAGACAAUAUGAUUAUAAGAUAUGCAUCAGAAGACGUGGUCACUGCUAAAAUUCAGGAACCAAGUACACAAGCAUCAUAUUUUAUGAUUUACAAUAUGACUACAGCUGCGGUUUUAAAUGUUUAUGAAAAUACAUCUAGUGAUUUAUUACGUGGAUAUGAGUAUUUUUGUGAUAAUUUUCGUAAUCCCUAUCUAAACCCAGAUGGAUUUAUGCCGUGUUCACCAUCAAAUAAUAUAUUUUCACGGGAUUCUCAUGAAAAAUUUAAAAAUACAAUGCUAAAUGCUAGAUUUGGUGGCACAAUGGAAGCAAACAAACGAAUAUUGGGACAAUUACCAAUAGCAGCACAAUCAUUUUCCUGCUCUCCAUAUUUGGAUACUUCCCUUUAUAGUUACGAUGAAAAGUGGGUGUCACCAAUGGAAAGACCUAAAGUAGUUGGUGAAUAUCCAAUAAGGUUCUAUUCAAGGGAAUCUGGAACGCUAAGCUUUUAUCUGUAUACUAGUGUAUCAAGGAAUAGACCAACGCAAGACCGCAGAAGACUGGUAGCAUUUACAUUCCAUCCUACAGAUCCUUUUGCUAUUAGCGUACAGAGGGAUAAUUUAGAGUAUAUUGUAAAUUUUCAUAUACGAAAAGUGUACUUGCCUGAGUAA